UUCGGUGCUUGUGUUUAGUGCAAGAGCGCUAUUCUCUAUUUCCUCUCCACGUAAAUCCAUCGGGGUGUGGUGUUGCGCGGCGCUUUCACAGCACUGAUGCAGCGUCUUGAGAAGGAAGUGACAGUUGAAUUGCUUCGCUCUAGGUCGGCACACCAGAUCCAGCAGAUGAAAUGGCGGUGAGGCAGAGGAUUUUCAACUCGACAGCGCCGUUCUCCGGGUCGCCCCAGGCCGAGCUGAAGGGGUCCUACCCAUCAUGCUCAGCGGCCGACCAGGAGACGGAGGAGGAGGAGGAGGAGGAGGAGGGGAAGGACAGCAAAAUGGGCUACCCACAUUUCAGCCCUUUACUAAAUAAACUCUUGACACAUGGAACUGCCGAGCAAGUGGGCGAAAUGCCACUGAAGACCUCCAUUUUCAUCGCUCAGGCUGAAUGCGAAACCCAGGACUCCCAGGAGUUUAGUCCAUCUUGUUUUGAACGAUCCUUCGUUCCCUCCCCCAACUGCUUCACCAGCAGUCUUCCCUCGGAGCACAACAAUGUCGCCUGCCCAACAACAGCCUCCGUCCAGGGGCCGGGCAGCUCGUCCGCUCAGAUCAGACCCAGGAAAAAGACCAGGAGGAGACAGAAGCGCAAGGUGAAGAAAAGAGAGCCGGGGACAAACGAGAAGCAGCAACACAGACACCGAAUGCUUUCUGGAGUCCCUGAACAGGAGAGUGGAAGUUCUCUUGUCCAGAUCCUGGAGGAGUCGUCGCUCGGCGGGAGAAGCUGCAGCAGCGUCGAAAGCUCCGAGGAGCAGGACCUCCGAGGGCCUCCUCUCUACAGCCGACAGAUUUACAACACAGGCUCCGGCUGCUCUCCUCUGAACUGGAGGGACCAGGUGUGCGGCCCCCUCUCCAGCGUCCGCUCCCUCGGCCAGGACAGCGACUCGGACUCGCUCAGCAGUUUGGGAGACUGCUCGCUGGCCCUCGCCGGCCUCAGGGGCAGUGUCAGUCAGGGGGACCCCUGCUACGCUAGGCCCUUUUUCAACGCCGUGGAGAGGGACGCGAGAGAAGAAGCAGAUGAAUUAGAUGAGCUCUCAGCGGCCGACUCUGUCAGCAACGAGGGAAUAAUCUUUUACAAUGACAAAAUUCAACCUGUAGACUCAGAGUACAAGGAAGGGAGGGAGUUCAUCCUCUCCAAUUUUAUCAAGGAAGGCUCCUACGGAGAAGUGCACAGUGCUCAAGAUGUCAACACAGGCUUCAGAUUUGCUGUUAAAAAGAUCGCCUUGAAGAGGUUCAGCAGCGAGGAGGUGGGUGCGUGGAGUGCCCUCAGAUCUCCUUGCGUGGUGGAGCUGUUCGGGGUGAUCAGAGAGGGGACGAAUGUUGUCCUCUUCAUGGACCACAAAUCUGGCUCUCUUGGCCAGCUGAUCGCUGAGCGCGGCCGGCUGCCAGAGGAUUUAAGUCUCCACUACCACUCACAAGUCCUAACAGGGCUGGAGUACUUGGUGAAGAAAAAAGUGGUUCACCUCGACAUUAAAGCUGACAAUGUGUUGCUGUCGGAGGACGGUCGAGACUCCUUCCUGUGCGACUUUGGACACGCAGAGAGACUUGACAAUCAGGGACAGAGCCUCAGUGGGUCCAACGACAUGAAGGGCACAGAGACCCACAUGGCCCCUGAGAUCGUCAAAGGGGAACCCCGCGGAGCCAAAGCAGAUGUGUGGAGCAGCUGCUGUAUGUUACUGCACGCGCUCAACGGGUGUCAACCGUGGACAAGAUACUACACCUGCAGACUUUACCUGAAGAUUGCCGACGAGCCCCCGCCCCUGAGAGAGAUCCCACCGGACUGUAGCCCUCUCACCGCUGAAGUUCUCAAGGCGGGACUCCAAAAGGAUCCGGUCAAGAGAGCAUCAGCAUCUGACCUGAAAGAAAAAGCCCUCAGAGCUCUGAAAGAAGUUGGAGGACUCACCAGCCCAGCGAGGGGACCCCACACAGAGCCCCUGUACGUCGUCAACAAAUCCCCAGACUCGCUGCAACUCAUCAACAGCAGUAUCGACUAUGACGACGAGGAGAAGGAACGUCAGGAGUCCGUCGAGGACUUGAUCACAGCGGAGAGGAAGACAAAGGGACUCGAUGAGGAGGAGGAAGAAGAGGAGGGUGAUUCAAAACGCUGUUUGCAGUUCUGUCCACAGACGCUGAUCCAUGAGCCAAACCACAAGAGAGGCAACAAAAUAACAACGGUGUCUGAACUUGAGCUACGUAAACUGGAGCGAGAUUUCUACCUGAGCAGUCUGUCCCAGCCGCAGUCUGCUGAGAUGCAGGUGCAGCUCUUGUCUUGUCUCAGCAGUGAAGCUUAUUCAAACUGGGAACCGUGGGACAAAAAGGACUCUGGCCGCUGGUCCCUGAGCCCAGGAGACGACUUCAGCUCCGGUGUCUUCUCCUACAACAGUCAGCCGGAUGUGCAGGUCUUCAGCAUGGAUUUGCUGGGUCACACACAGCUACCACAACCCUGUUGUUUUGAAGGGGUGGAUGUCUGCAUCAGAGACUUCAGCAGGAGAAGCAUCCGGAUCAGAGAGACACGCCGGGUGAAGGUGGGCCACAUCGCCACAGGGAUUAGUGAUCAGAUCUCUGAGAGAGUGUUCACUCUGGAGACGCAGGAGGGACAGCGGAUCGCUCAUGAUGAGGAGGUGCAGGAAUCGGGUCUGGAACUCUGCUGUGUUCCUGCUCCAGACUUCAGCCACGCCUGGAGGUGGAGGAUCAGAGACGGAGUUCUGGAGACAAGAUAGAGCCAACAAACACUCUUAACAUUUCGAGCAGUGUCGUCGUUUCUUCCGAUCAUAUCGCCGCGUGUCGAGUUGCUUUGAACAUGUGCCUUUAGUUUGUCUCGUGGUUCGGGGACCACACGUGCGAGAGGUUAAAAAAAAAUCGCUUUUGGAACCGCCUUGUGCUUGUGUAGCCUUUUUGUCUUUUAGAAAAUCCAUAAAUCAAAAUGCUGAGCAUACUGUGGUGUUUACAUGGUGCGUGUUCAUAUAACAUAUGUACACGGAGUCAAUAAACGGUACGCUGACCUCUGCA